AUGUUACCAAGAUUUAAUUCUCGCACUCUUCUCAAUGACAAUAUAUUAUUACCAAGAUUUCAUUCAGAUCAUAAACGAUAUUAUUCUUACGAUGAAAAUCAAUCUGCAGAUACUGAAAUAAAAAUAAUUCCAAAUGAAAUUCUAGAAACAAAUUAUCGUUCUGAUAAAUUUCAUAUUAAAUUACUCGAAAGAGCAUAUGAUCGAUCUGGAAAAAAAUGUUUACCAGCAAUUAACACUAACAUUGGAAAAUUAGAUCUCGAGUAUGCAUAUGAAAUCAUAGGUGAUACUCUCGAAUCAUAUAUUCGUUAUCGAAAAUUGGAUCGAUGUACAGCGUUAGAAAACUUCCUUGAUUAUCGUAAUAAAGUUUAUAAACGUGAAAAAAUCGCUCAAUAUGCAUUACCAAAAAUUAAAGCACAUUCAGAAGAAAUACGUCCUAAACAACCGAUAAAUAUACCAACAAAGGUUAAUAAAAUAGAAGAAAAAAAAUUUACACCUAUUUCAACAAUGCCAUCAACCAUAUCUGAAAACAUUCCAUCGACUUUUAUUUCAUCCUCAUCAUCCGUGGCCUCUGAAUUAACUCCAAAAAUUAGUAAAGAAGCAUUUAUUCCAAUACCUUCACCUGAAUUAUUAAAAAGUUCUACUACGAAAUCAGUGCAACGUUUGAAUAGUCCAAAAAAAAAUAAUUUGAAUAUUUCGAAAAAAAUUCCUGCUGGUAGUAAUAUCAAACAAACUCCAUCAUCAACUGUCAAAGGUCAGUCGUGA